UUCAGAUCUGCGAGGCAACCUUUCCUGCUAUCAUACAACAUUUAUGAGCCUGCAUUGUGUCAAAAAUUGUGCCAUGUCUCAAAAGGAGCUGAAAGAAGCAUUUGUCAGUAACCUCAAUGGGACCAGUUUACAGGAAGUGGUCAUUGGCUCAUUUCUCACCCCACUAUGCCUCCUCAACCGAGCACUCGUUCUGAUCCUCUACCACCAAGCCAAGGGGAAUCUACCGCUGCCGUUUCCACGGAUUUCUCACCUGUUUCUCGAUUUCAUCAUGAUGGCCCUUCCCCUUGUCCUGUCAUGCACCGUCCUGAGCAAUCAUCUUCUCCAGGUGGUUUUGAGCUUUGCCUUUGUUUUGUUAUGUGUCCUUUUUCAUAUCUAUUAUAGUAACCAUCAGUCCUCUCUUAGCACCUUCCUCAACAGUACUGUUCACUUCAAACAGGUUCCCUUUGUGACCUUUUUUAGGGUAAUGCUGAAUGUGCAAACAGCCAUUAGUAUUCUGGCCGUAGACUUUGAAGUCUUCCCAAGGCGAUAUGCUAAAACAGAAAGUUUUGGAACAGGUGUUAUGGACUUUUGUGCUGGAGGGUUCAUCAUUGGAAAUGCCCUGGUGUGCCCUGAAGCACGUGGGAAGAAUGUUUACCGAUCCAAGAUGAAACAUGUCGGCAAACAGCUCCUGUCCGUCUGGCCCCUGGUUGUUCUCGGUGCAGCACGACUUGUCUUUGUCAAAAUGAGCAACUACCAAGAGCAUGUGACUGAAUAUGGUGUCCAUUGGAAUUUUUUCUUCACGUUGGCCCUUGUCAGGGUUCUGACAUCCAUGGUUUUGGUUGUUGUACCAGCAAAACACUCAUGGAUCUUGGCCCUUGUCAUAAGUUGUGUCUAUCAGUUUGCUCUGGAUACAACAGGCCUCAAGGCUUUCAUCAUGCACAACGAUGACAGAGAGAAGGACUUCCUGCACGCUAACAAGGAGGGCAUAUUCUCCCUGGCAGGUUAUGUUGCCAUCUACAUGGCAGGAGUCCAGGUAGGAUGUUAUGUGAUGCAGCCAAGAUCCCAUGUCAGAGAUUGGCUCAAAGCAGUUUUUAACCUUUUCAUGGGUACUCUUGCAGUAUUUGCUGCUUUAAUCACAUGCCAGAUAUUUGUAGAGCCAAUGUCUCGCCGUUUAGCUAAUCUCCCUUUCUGCCUCUGGACUGUUGCUCAAUCUCUCCUGUUUGUAUCAUGUUUUGGUUUAGUUGAAUUGAUUAUACUCUGUUUCAAAAUAACAUCAUGCUGUCACUUUGUGCCAUCAUCAUGGGAUUCAUAUUCAGGCUCACAUAAAAAGAAAGAUGACUUGGAAGGAUUUUGUCUUGUUAACGCCAUUAACAGGAAUCAGUUGUUAUAUUUCCUGCUCUCAAACAUCUUGACAGGAUUGACCAACACCUUAAUCAACACUCUUAAUUGCAGUGACGUAUUUUCUUUCUGUGUCUUGCUGUCUUAUAUGUUCACAAACUUCACUGUUAUAUAUGUUUUACACCUCUGUAAAAUCACAGUAAAAUUUUGGUAA